AUGACCAAUGCUUCACCCCUCUGUCUUCUCCCCUUACACCAUGGUUCCAUGAAGAGACAAUCCAACUCAUCAACGUCUUUCCAAGAACCCACCUCCACCGCACCACCGGCACAGAACCACCAGUCCUUUCUUCAUCGUUCGAGGGAGAGAGAGAGACAUAGGGGAAAGAUGAGUGAUCAAGAACCAGAACGUCGCCUCCUCACCGUCGAUCACCCACAGCAUAUCUCCAAGAACCAAAUUUCAAGAAACCCACGCGUCAACCACCCUUCCUUGUCCGCCACCAAUAUAUCAACCUUCAGCAAUCUUCCACCCACAUCCACGCCUGUUCUUCGUUGCUGUCUCUCUGACCCAAUCGACUCGUCUGUAACGAGUAAGUAG